GGCCAUUUCACUUCUUGUACUACGGUAAUGAUAUGAACAACUGUGUCAAGAAUAGCAUUUGCAACAGAAACCUUGCAGAGGCAUAUUUGCGUCUACAGACUGACUUUGACGCUAUUUGUAAGUGAUGCCAUGAUGCUAGUCUCGUGUUUAACGCAAACAAAACCAAAUUGUUGCACAUAAAGUCACCUUAUCUAAGGUCUGAGAUGAAAGUUGAACCUCACCUAACUGCACAUUGCCAUUCCUGCCUACACAAAUUGAAUGUAAAUAUCUUCAGUACCCUCAAAUUGAACUUGUCUCAUACAUACCUCGGAGAGGUUAUUGAUAAUAGUCUUAAUUGGAUUGGAAAUUGCACAUCGACAAAGUUUGUAUAAAACCUAGAUACUUUCUAGCAAGUAUGAACAUUUUAAAAAGACGCAAGGUACUGUAUAGUCUCUGGCAGAAUUCUUUUCAAAGACUUUUAUUACGUAUUUGAAUAACAUUUACCGACUGCAAUUAAACAUAUUAACAUGUGUUGUUUCUAAUUAAAUAAAAAAAAACAAUUCCAGGACAAUGAGUUGGGCCUUUUCAAACAUUGUAAAAUUCUUCCUAUUCAAUUUAAUAUUAAGUACAGUUUAUUAAAACAAAAUCAUUUUAAUGAUGUUUAUCAGAAUAAAAUUGAACACGAUGUAUAUACUCGCGCCGUCGCACAAAACCGGUUGCGCACAGAGUGUGGACGGCCACCGCACGACAAGUUACAAUAUACCCAAAUUGAUAAAUAAUCUUUCGCGUGAAUUUAAGAACGACAUUACGACUAAAAAUUCUAAAGUAAAACUUAAAGAACAUUUCUUAGAAAUUAUGGCUGCCCAUUUCGUAUAAAUACGUAUAUAUUGUCAGGUUAAUUAUAUUAGGUAGAAGUAGCUAAGUAAUAUUGUUGUUUUAGAUACUGUGAAACUCUUGCAUUGUUUGGAAAUUUACAAUUGUCAAUUUUAUAAAAUGAAAAUAGUGUCAAAGAACAAAAAGGAAAAACUUGAAAAAGUUUACGAGAUAUGGGAGGCCAUGGAGUUUUUCGGGAAAUACCAAAAGAUACAAUAUCUUUAUGUGUGCAUAGCUACAGCGUUUGUGGCUAUGUACAAUAUCAACUACAUAUUCGUGGCCGGCGAUAUUAAUUACAGAUGCCGUGUGCCGCAAUGUGAAGGCACACCAGCUACAUACAGAGCUGAUUGGUGGCCGAACACCACCAUGGAUCGGUGUUCGAAGCCCAUCCUCAAUAGUUCGGAUACUUGCGCAGGAUUCAUUGGAUCUGUGGAGCCGUGUGAUGCAUGGAUCUAUGAGAGCAAUGAUACUAUAGUCGGGGAGUUGGACCUAGCAUGUCAGCCGCUGAAAAUAAACAUUAUCGGGACGAUCCACAACGUAGGAAUGUUGAUAUCCAUGAUCUUGUCAGGAUGGAUCUCUGAUAGAUUCGGGCGCAAGCCAGCCUUCAUAUUCUUCGCGACGGCGAGCUGCGUGGGCGUCCUGAAGAGUUUCGCCAACUCCUACUUGGUGUACGUGACUAUCGAAUGCUUGGAGGCAGCCCUAUCAGGAGGCACCUACCCAGCUGGAAUGGUUAUCAUGAUUGAAAUGGGCGGCCGAAAUAACCGAGUCCUGUCUGGAGUGCUUUUCGCUUACGCCAUUUAUGUCGGAGAAUCAGGAUUCGCAAUCGCUGCAAUGAUGAUACCGUACUGGAGGUCUCUCAUAAGGAUUUUGUACACGCCAAUAGUGCUCUGCCUGUCAUUAAUAUUCGUCAUGAGCGAAAGCCCGCGAUGGCAAUUCCUGAACGGAAAAACCGAGGAAGCAAUAGCAAAUAUAGAAAACUCUGCGAAAAUGAAUAAAAUUGAUGUGAAUAAGCAGCGUGACAUUGAAAAGCUGAAAGAGAAGCUAUGUAUAAGGCAGGUGGGAGACAGAGAAAGCUAUAAGAAGAUCUUCACUUCGAGAGAGAUAUUGCUGAGGCUGUUUGUUGCGUCAGCAUCAAGAUUCACGACCAGUUUUGUGUACUACGGGUUGAUGAUCAACUCCGUAUGGCUUCCCGGGAACAAGUACAUGAACUUUGUGCUGUCGACCGUGAUGUCAUUCCCGGGGGAACUGGUGUCGUUGUACCUGAUGAACAGAGUGGGCAGGAAGCUGCCGCUCGUAAUAGGAUUUAUCGUGUGUGGCGUGAUGUGUUUGGGAUCUGCUUUUGUUCCUAAAGUAUACACAUGGGCGAUGAUAGCUAUGUUUCUGCUAGCCAAGAUGGUAAUGUCUGCUUGCUUCACUGGUGCUGUGACUUAUGCUAUGGAGCUGUUCCCGACCAACGCCAGAGGGACACUGCUUGGAGUCUGCGCGUUGUCUUCUAGAGCUGGGGGGAUGUUGGCGCCGCUCACUCCAAUGCUGACUGACAUAUACUUGCCACUACCAGCCAUAAUAUUCGGCAGCACGUCCAUCGUGUGCGGGGCGCUGCUGACGCUGACGCCGGAGACGCGGCUGCAGCCGCUGCUGGACACGGUGGACCAAGUGGAGGCCAGUGCGAAGACAACCCCCCCCCCGUUGAUAACAUAGCCCAGUCUCAAAACCAUUCAGUUCCCGUUUAAAAACGCAAACUUGUUAGAAGUUUUGGUUAACGUAAAGUACUUAUAUUACUCCCUCUGAGGAGACGCGGUAAUCAAAAGGUUAAUAAAAAUUUUUGAUACACAAAUAGAGAUACAUUUUUAUUUGUAACUUUUAACAUACACUCAACUGUAGUUAAAUGCGUAAUACAAUUUUCCACAUUUUUAUAACACAUUCUUUUUUAUAUCAUACAUGGUAGACAUUUUAAAAUAUCACUUUCUCUAGAACUAGUACACAAAAAAAUACUAAAAUAAUUUUAUUCAAUUCUGAAUUAAAUGGAAAUCACACUUACUUAACGUCACAAGUACGUAAUAUAGCAACAUAGGUGCAUAGUGAAAUGUCAAAAAAUGCAUGCAAACGGUUGUUGAAAUGAAAGCGUCGAUUCGUACUUAAUCUAAUUAAUAAACAACAAUUUUCUCUUAACUAGCAUAC